CCGGAAUUAUUUUAUUUUGUGUCGCUGACGAGGCGUUGGUAGCAUGCAUGGGGUCGAACUUCAAAUGGUGAGUCAUGGAUGAUCUGGAGUCGGAACUCAGGGUACCUGGAGAAGAACUGGGCGAAAAUGAGUCUUCAGAUGAUGAUGAAUCAAUCAACAGAAAACGAAUCAAGAAGCCAAACCUACCCCUGGCGCCUCCUAUAUUUAAAGAGACACCCCGUGAGACUGGCUUUCACAAGACCACAAGGAACUGCCUCCAACACAUCAGGGAGGUCUUGCUGCACCAUAGAUGGCAGGAUGCCGCAGAGUACAUGGCCAGUUACUCACAGACACUGGAGGAUACCACUGCAAACAUGCCACAACUCUACGCUGAGAUAAUUUGGAGGAUAGGCACAGAGAUACUACACCACCAUCCCGAAUCGAAGCUGGAAGACUACAACAGCUUCUAUGAGCGAGUGAAACACUCAGGAGUAAAGCAUUACCUGAAGGUCUGUCUGGAGCACUCGUUCCACCUCCUGGUCAACGGGCAGUUUGAGGAUGCCAAGCGUCAGCUGUCCAUCGCUGAGAGCUGGAGGUACGGCAAGCAGUCAGCCGGUCAGUCCCAGAGGAUUAAGCUGAUCCAGGCCUACAGUGGCUUCCUGGAUUACUUCAUCUGGAGUGACAAGAAAGCCACUGUAUCCAGCACAGAUGAGUAUGAUGCAGCAGUUAACCAAGAAAUGCAUAGCUACUUCCGACAAUCCUCUGUGAACCUGAAGGAGAUCAUGAAGCUUCCUGGCGUCUGGGAUCCUUUUGUUCUGAGUUACAUUGAUAUGCUGGAAUUCUACAACGAUCACGAGGGAGCUGUGACGGUUCUGAAUGACUAUGCCUAUGACAACAGUUUCCCCCCCAACCCCAAUGCCCAUGUCUACCUAUACCGGUACAUGAAGAAACACAACCAACCAUUGAAGAAACUUCUCAAAGUGCUGAAGAUCCUGCAUACAUUGGUCCCAAGUCAUGAGAUGAUGCCGGAAUACUGUUCUCUUCUGCUACAAUCGGAGAAAGAGGGUGAUCUUCAGAAGGCUCUAGGUGUGGUUCUGGAUCUCCUGGACUACUCCAGUUGGAGGAGCAGCUUGGAUGUCUGGAACCAUUUGAGGAACAUCAUCAAGAGACUGAGGAUGAAAAAACAAUGGCGGAAGAGUUUUGCAGAGGAGAUGGCGAACAGAAAGGACUGGUGGCUAGCAAUACACUUCUCAACAUUCCAGGCCAGGAAAGAUUUGGCAGAGAAUAGAGAGCUACUGGAAGUGAAGAGCUUUGUGGUUGAAGCCUUUUGUCCUCGCUAUACUUCCAUGUACCACCGUGUUGGUAAGGAAGCCCGAAAAGGAGUAACUUCUGAGGCUCAGAAGGCUAAGAGGGCAAAGAAAAGGAUAAGGAAUCCUAGACAGCUAAGAAAUAUAAGAAGGCUCAGAAGAGAAAGUGGACAACAAAGCCAAGACUGACCUUAAGAAAGCUCCAAGAAUGCCACCGGCACAGUGGCGAGAACAAACAUUUUGAAAAUGUGUGAAGUGCUUCCACCAUUGCCAGAUCAUGGCAGACAUGUCCUCCUCAUACAGUCAUCAGGUCAGACUCUCUCCCCUUCCAUGACAGUUGCUCCAACUACAUUAUUUUUCUUAUCUAGAAUGUUCUUGGUUAUCUGCAGACAGUAGUUGCAGCCAGAUGACCAUUCCCCCCCUUCAAGAAGAGGCAGGCCUCUCAUUGCAUUGCAAUGCUUUACAUGUCAAGUUCUGUGAUUGUCCACCAGGGAGCACUCACGCUAUGCCUAUGUUUUGAGUUGCUCUGUGUGCUGCUGCUGCUCCAUCUUAUAAGAAGCAGAAAUUGAAAGCUGUGUUCACUGUGGUAGUUGGUAGGGAAAAGGGAGUCUGGGCGUGCUACAGUAUUAUGUCUAGGUAAUAAGCUCUGAGGCAGGUGUGGCCUCAACUGAACUUCCGCUGAUACAUGGAGAACCCAGCUGCAUUUAGGCGGCGGCGACAUGUUGGAAUUGCUAAAGCAUUUGGGGACGCCAAAGAGCAGCAUCAUGACAACAGACGCAAAGGACAGUGCAGUGAUACGGAGAAAAAAAAACUACAUUUUUAUAAACUGCUGUGGCGAUUCUUCAGUCACGUUCACGUGACACGACAGACACCCUCAGUUUGGUGGUUCAAUAAAACCUUUGCUCUGCGGUCCUCUGUCUCUGUGUGAUGACAUCACAUGAGUGAUAUCCCUGGUUGGAAGCAGCCUUGGGUCCCUGAGGUAAAAUGGAGGGAGGGAGAACACACAGCCUUGGCUCCUUCCACACCUAUCCAUCACACACACACACACACACACUUACACACACACACAGGCGGAACGCAAAUCUGAUUACUGUACACCCCUCCAGCCGCUCGAUGCAGGAUAACAGAGCUCAAUUUCACAGGCCGAGGGUUCGCAGGCUGCCAGGGAACAGUGGGCCCAGCUUUAUCAUGAUUAAGGACGACAUCACACACUCAUGUUUGUUAUCAGAACCUGCGAUUAAGCCUUGUGUUCCUGAACAACUAACUGUGGCCAGUACUAUUCAAUGUCAGGAGGUUACAUGAUCAAGUACUCUGUACUGUAAAGUGAAUGACUUUGUUGUUUGAAUUUGCGCUCUUGUACCUGAUUCAUUUUUGUAAUCUCUGUGCCUGUGGUAUGGUAAAUGUGGCUGCUAUAUUUUGUACACGUUGUUACUGAAUAAACACUGUGGAUUGGGUGGGUGCAUAGCUCUAAAUGAAUAAAGUUGUUUGUGAUGAAUGAA